CACUCAAAACUCUGCCCCAAAACACUGUGCGUGCCAGAUGAAGCACGUGACCUAUACGUGGAGGAAAAGGGGUCGAGAGCAGGAAAAAACUGGCGAUCUGAACGGCUACGGACCGCAGAGGUUUAGACCACAGCGGAGUUGAGAGAGAGAGAGAGAGAGAGAGAGAGAGAGAGAGAGAGAGAGAGAGAGAGAGAGAGAGAGAGAGAGAGAGAGAGAGAGAGAGAGAGAGAAAAAGCGAGAGAGGAAAAUAUGCUGUUUUUGGGUGAAGUCCAAUUGCCCAAGGGUCGUGGGUAAGCGGCUGAAGAACAACUGGAUAUGAGAUAUAGAUAGACUGGUUUAAUCUCCCCAGCCUGGGAACCCCGGGGGUCGCUGCCCCCCCCCCCCGCGCGCGCGUGCGGAGAGGCCAGCCAUGAAGCUGAACGAGGUGAGCCUGGCUCACUACGCCACCAGCGAAUCGCCGCCGGACAAGACGGGCUUCCUGUUCAAGAAGGGCGAGCGGAACACGGCGUAUCACCGCCGCUGGUUCAUCCUGAAGGGGAACCUGCUGUUCUACUUCGAGGAGCGGGAGAGCCGGCAGCCGAUCGGCGUCAUCGUCCUGGAGGGCUGCACCGUGGAGCUCUGCGAGUCCGCAGAGGAGUUCGCCUUCGCCGUGAAGUUCGACUGCGCCAAAGCCCGCGCCUACAAGAUGUCCGCCGACAGCCAUGCGGCCAUGGAGUCGUGGGUGAAGGCGCUGUCGCGCGCCAGCUUCGACUACAUGAGGCUGGUGGUGGGGGAGCUGGAGAGGCAGCUGGAGGAGAUCCAGGGGGGGGGGGGGAGUGGGGGGGCGCAGGGGAGGUGCAAGCCCCCCUCCAGGAAACGCCGGGGGGGGGGGUGGUCCAGGUCGGGAGCUCCUGCCUCCUCCUCCGGCCUGGGGGACGUCCCCCCGGGCCCCCAGGGGGCAGGCAGCCCUCGCGGCCAGCCAGAGGAGCUGCAUUCGGGGUCGGGCUGCUCCAGAGAGAACGGGGUAUCCUGGAGCAAGCUCCCCGCUCUAGCCAACGGAGCGGAGUGCCACUCUGCCUGCGUGCCGUGGGAGGGGGACGGGGUCAGGGGGGACGGGGUCAGGCCCCCCCCGGUGCCCCCCCGGAGACGGGGUGCCUCGCUGGAGAGCCCGGUGUCUCCAGGUACCGGGUGCUUCUCCAAGCUUCACGACUGGUACGGACAGGAAGUGGAUGAACUGAGGGUGGAGUGGCUGCAGGGCCAGUGAGAGGACACGCGCACAUGCACACAUGCACACACACCUGCAUACACACACACAUGCACACACACACACCUGCAUACACACACACAUUCUUCCUUUUGUGCUUAAUGUGCGCAGCUGUUCAAAAUGAUGCAAAAACGAUUUUAUGAUCACAUUAAUUUGCUUCACCUCACUUCCAGGAGGGUGUAACGUUUUGGAGAGAAAUGUCACAAACGAACGUGGGUCCCCGUACCUGAGAGGGUUUGUGUCUCGUCCAAUAAACACAGACCUCUUCAUUCUGGAACAUUCUGCACUAUUCCAGCCUUACUGAACGUAGCCCAACUCACUGUUCUUCCAGACUUGAGGUGGAAACUCGCUGACAAGCAGUACUUUCCUGGAUGUUAAAGCCUCCUUUGGCUGAUUUCGUUUGUUUUUAAUAUCAAAACUCAUUUCUUUCUAUGUGUCUGUUUUGUUUUUGAUCACCUAAGAGAACUACAAAAUGCCAGCAGCUCAGAUCGCUGUUUUAUAUUGUUACAAGGUUAUGUUUUUGUUGCUGAGUGUCUGUCUGCGCGGAGAGUACACGUUAAUCUCCUUUGAACUUGUAGUUUUUGCGAGGAGGGACCAUUGGAAACAACUCUUUAUUCCUUUUCUAUCUUUUUUUGAUAACUUGCUUUUAUUCGUUUUUUUUUUAUACCUUUUAUAUUUUCAAUUUGUGCCUUGUUUAUUUUUUUGCCAAAAUCUCACCUUGGUGCAAUUUCCUUACUUUGUGACAAUGGUGUGACCCAAUUGACCAGCUUCGAUGCACCUUGCGCAGUACUGUAAUUAUUAUUUUUCAUUUUGUGCUUUUUGUUGAUGAAAAAGGUAACUGAUCAUUGACUAAAGGUUUUCUGAUCGUGGGAGAGAGAGAUGCAGGAUUCUUAUGGUACCGAUCUGAUGCAAUCAACUGAACAUGUGACACUGUUAAGGAUGCGACCACAUUCUGAUAACCACACCGUUGUACUAAGAAGAUAUGAGACCUAUUUGAAUAGAAAUGCAUUCUUCCUUGCGUCUUUGAAGUGUAAUUACAGAAUGAAUCGAUUUGGUGAUCGAAUCAAUUCUCCUUAUGUUACUGUCACCAAUCAUGUCAAUACAGAUCAGAGAUACCGAUGGAUGGAUGAGACCAAGGAGUUAUAUAAACGUUUUAUAAUGCUUCUUACUUUGUGUAAUGUGUAACGUUUAAAUCUCUGUGUAGAUAACCUUUUGUAUUUAGAAUCAUUCAUAUGCGCCAACUUCACAUUUCAAUUGUGUAUAUUCGUGCCAAAUAAGGGAAAUUAUCUCUUAAGUCAUUGUUAUUUAUCUUCGGUCUUAAUGGUCGAAACUCCUGACUAUUACAACGAUGCCUGUUUGUUCUACAAUCAAUCCCCAGUUUACCUUUAUAUACCGAAUAAACUGCUUCGAUUUAAGUGAUCAUCACUAAAGGGGUACUUAAAAAAAGCCAAUAGUAUGAAAAAACAAUAAACGGUUA